GUGCCAAAUAGCUUGAUUAAUGGUUCCUGGUUGAAUUUCUAUCAACUGGAGUUGACGCUCUAGGCUGGUCACCCAUUUCGACUGCCGAAGCCGACAUACCAGCAUCAGUCCUAAUUGUCUUCCUCUGCUUUACAAUACAUUGGUUUGUACCAGAAUUCAUUUAGGGCUUGCAAGAUCCUCGAUAACUUUACUUUCGCACCUAGAAUGCUGCAGCAAAGUUCCGGGCGGCAAGGCUGCAAGAGCAGGGCCGUCGGGCAGCGAAAUGGGCAAACCUGCAUAAAAGCAUUCCAACGAUGCAGUUAUAGGGGACCUGUGAAGGUCUCCGCCAGCGCUGCCCCCGGCGGUGACAACGGCGGCAGCAGCGGCGGCGGCCCCAGCCUGCUGCAGCGGCUGGGUCGGGUUAUCAAGGAGAAGGCGGCGGGCGACUUUGACCGCUUCUUUAAGGGCACAAGCAAGACGCGCGAGCGACUGGGGCUUGUUGACGAGCUGCUCGCGUUCUGGAGCCUGGAGGACUACGAGGCCAGUCUGGAGGAGCUGGAGGAGGUGCUGCUGAGUGCCGACUUCGGCCCCCGCACUGCGCUCAAGAUCGUGGACCGCAUCCGUGAGGGCGUCAAGGCGGGGCGCGUGAAGAGCGCCGACGACAUCCGGGGGGAGCUCAAGGCCAGUAUCGUGCAGCUGCUCACAAGUCGCGGCGGCAACAGCCAGGGGAGCUCCUCCGAGCAGCAGCAGCUGCUGCGCCUGUCCGGCCGGCCUGCAUGCGUGCUGGUGGUGGGGGUGAACGGGGCGGGCAAGACCACCACGGUGGGGAAGCUGGCCUACAAGUACGGCAAGGAGGGAGCCAAGGUGUUCCUCAUCCCCGGUGACACCUUCCGUGCAGCCGCCGCGGAGCAGCUGGCGGAGUGGGGUCGGCGGGCGGGGGCGAGCAUGGGGGCGUUCAGGGAGGGCGCACGGCCGCAGGCGGUCAUUGCGGAGAACCUAGACAAGCUCCGGCAGCAAGCCCGCGCCUCCCCCUCCCCCUCCUCCCCCCCUGCUGACUCGCUUCCCGACCUGGUUCUGAUCGACACGGCGGGCCGGCUGCACACCGCGUACAAGCUAAUGGAGGAGCUGGCGCUGUGCAAGAGCGCGGUGGCGAAUGCGUUCCAGGGACAGCCCGACGAGACGCUGCUGGUCCUCGAUGGCACCACGGGUCUCAACAUGCUCCCCCAGGCGCGCGAGUUCAACGAGGCGGUGCGACUGAGCGGACUCAUCCUCACCAAGCUGGAUGGCACGGCACGGGGAGGUGCUGUUGUGAGUGUGGUGGACCAGUUGGGGUUGCCGGUGCGGUUCAUCGGAGUGGGUGAGGCGGCGGAGGACCUGCAGCCUUUCGACCCGGAGGCCUUUGCGGAGGCGUUGUUUCCGCGGGAGGGGGCGACAGCAGCAGCGGCCAAGAGUCGAGCCAGGUAGUGCCAGGAGGUACCGAGAUGGUGGAGGAGGUGGAGCAGAGUGAGG